AUGAAUCUAUUUGAUAAUGAAUAUGUCUGUCUGCAUUCAUAUUUUCAAAUAAGUAUUAGUGAUAUUGGUAGAUAUAUGAAAAUAUUGAAAUAUUAUUACACAUAUUUUUCAGAAAAACUAGAAUCAAAAAUGAUGACAGAAAAGGAGACAGCUAUUUAUAACUUAACAAUAUCUCUCGCAAAAGCUAUAUUAGGUUUUCUAGUUCAAAAGGAUGAUGUGGUCGAUCUUAACGAAAGAUUAAUAACAUAUCAGAAACUUAGUUUAAUGAGAGUUAUGAACUUGAUUCCAAUAGAAUGA